AUGGAGGACAGAGAAGGACACGCGAAGAAGAUUGGGGGUGGCGGGUUCGGGGAGAUCUACGAGGCGGUGGACCUGCUGACGCGGAUCAACGUGGCGCUGAAGGUGGAGUCGGCCCAGCAGCCCAAACAGGUGCUCAAGAUGGAGGUCGCCGUGCUCAAGAAGCUCCAGGGUAAAGACCAUGUGUGUCGCUUCGUGGGAUGCGGCCGCAACGACCGAUUUAACUACGUGGUGAUGGAGCUGCAGGGUCGUAACCUGGCCGACCUGAGGAGGAGUAUGACCCGGGGAACCUUCAGCAUCAGCACCACCCUGCGUCUGGGGCGCCAGAUCCUGGAGGCCAUAGAGAGCAUCCACUCUGUUGGCUUCCUGCAUCGUGACAUCAAACCGUCCAAUUUCGCAAUGGGCCGCUUCCCGAGUACCUGUCGAACCUGCUACAUGCUGGACUUUGGUUUAGCUCGCCAGUUCACCAACUCUUGCCAGGAAGUUCGACCUCCUCGUCCAGUGGCAGGGUUCAGGGGAACUGUCCGCUAUGCGUCUGUCAAUGCACACAAGAAUAAGGAAAUGGGUCGUCACGAUGACCUGUGGUCUCUGUUCUACAUGCUGGUGGAGUUUCUGGUCGGUCAGCUGCCGUGGAGGAAGAUCAAGGACAAAGAACACGUGGGGAAGCUGAAGGAGACUUACGACCAUCGUCUGAUGCUCAAACACCUGCCGGCAGAGUUCGGCGUGUUCUUGGAACACAUCUCCAGCCUUGACUACUUCACUAAGCCUGACUACCAGCUGCUGAUGUCCGUGUUCGACAACAGCAUGAAAACCUACAAUGUCGUGGAGAAUGACCCUUAUGACUGGGAGCGGACCGGCACAGAUGGCACUUUGACGAUCAGCGCCGCGGCCACAACACCGCAGCAUCACACCCGCCUCACUCCGGCACACAUGGGUAUGGCGAACGCCUCCCUGAUCCCUGGCGACCUGCUGAGGGAAAACACAGAUGAGGUUCUGCAGGACGAGCAGCUCAGCGACGUGGAGAACAACCCCGCCCCGGAGCGCCUGCCGGGCUCUCCCCUCCACCCACACCGCAACCAGGAGGCUGACGUCUGGGAGGAGCUGGACCGCAACCGUAACCGCAUCAGGACGGCGGUGUGGAAGGCGGCAACAGAAGAGGAACACAGCAACAACCAGGGUAACCAUGGACACCAGAGCCCCUAUGCCGGGCCAAGCCUGGGUUCCCCGGUCAAGCUGCACUCUGAGGUGGUGGCCUCAGACCGUGAUGGCCCUCUGCUGAGGAAGCUCCGCAACAUUCACAGUUUUGAGCUGGAGAGGAGGCUUGGCCUAGAGUCCAAGCCCAGCCCAGAGCGCUUCCUGGAGCCCAGCUCAGCAAAGCAGCAGCUUGGCCCCCAGCACCAGGAGAAGGAGCCUGACGUGGCUGCAAUCAUCCCAGUGACUCAAGCCGUAUCUGCUGUGGAGCGUCCUGAUAGAGUCUGGCACUAUGACGAGGAGUUCCGCUCUGGUGGUGGUUCUCCUAAGCCACCAUCCUCUGGAUCUCAGGAGCAGGGAGAGGGGGCAGUCAGCAGUGGGGGCUUUGUGGCCCUCAAUCUGAGCUCUGGGAGGCAGGACAUUGACUCAAGGGAAUGGGUAAUGGUGGAACGACCCAGUGGCUCUCCAGGAGCCAAGGUUACCACCAGCCCUUCGGAGGAGGAUGAGGAGCCAGAGGUGCUCCAGCCAGGGGAACAGUCUCCUGGAUGGGAAAAGGGCAGCCCUAGCCCUAGCUCUGGAAAACCUAAACAAGAAAGUAUGGCUUCCUCCAAGGGAAGUGCAAAAGUGGACAAGUUGGAGCUCAGUGUGGGCCCUGCAGGGGCUCUGCCCCCCGUCACUCCAACCAGCCCAGCUGAAGCUCUGGCUGAGGGAGUCCUCACUCAGCUCCCCACCUCUCCUCCGUCCCUGCCUGAGGAGGUCGCGGCCCGGAUGUCCAGCCCCAUCCCUCUGCGCUCUCCCAGCCCUCACACUCUCCUGACCACCCUGUCGGACCCCCUGCACCAGCGCCAGCCACCGGGCAUGAGGCGCAGCCAGUCCGCCGACCAACCGCAGCAGGAGCGCCCCUCUUCUUCCUCCUCCUGCCACGCCUCCCUACCACUACCACCAAACCCUGCCCCCGGCACGCGCUCGCCCAGUCGCAGGAAACUGCCAGCCAUCCCGGCGGGUGCUGCCAACACCAAGUUUCCCUCUGUCAUACGCAUCACCCGUGCCCAGCUUCAGCAGUUGACAGCUCAGCGUCCCUCUGGGCUGUCCUCCCAGUCAGGAUCAGACAGUGCCCCACAGUGCCUCCUGCUGGAGAGGCGUGGUGAAGCUGAAGCUGAGGCUCACCAGGUCCAGGAGCACACAGCGGACAUCAGCUCCCCCCAGGACCAUGUGCCCACCCAUCCAGGGACACCCACAGACCCCCUGGCUGAGAUGCUGGUCAAUGGAAACAACCACACCAAAGCUCAAAGCCCCGUGCCAAGCCGCGUGUCUUCCCCGCACUCGCCACGCUCGCCUCCUCCGCGCUCACCUUCCUCUCCACGCUCUCCUCGCUCGCCUCGCAGUCCUUUGUUUGCCAAUGGUCACUUGUCCCCUCCUGCUAACAGCCAAAGGGAUUUAAGUAAUGGAGCAUUCCCCAAGCUGAAGGACCCUGAGAAUGAUUAUGGUCACACUCCCUGUGCUACAGAGCCUCGGUCAAAGGGGGAGGAGAGCAGAGAAUUGAACCAGGCCCCAGAUCAGACCAGCGGCCCAGCCUCUUCCUCCCCAGCUGCCCCCCGCAAAGACCCCAGCCGGAGGCAAAGCCGCAUCCCAGUCCUGGAGCCCUCUAGCCUGCUGGAGCUCCCUCCUCCGGGGUCUGCUAAGGAGAAGCUCCUGCAGAAGAAAGCUAGCCACCAGGGCCCAGUGCCCUCUCCCACUGCCUCACCCUCCCUCUCUGAUAGGCGUGGCCCUAUGGUGGCCUCCCUCGCUAAAGACCCGCUGUCCUCCACCUCUGACCGCUCCCAGGACGAGGACUCUCUUAUGGGCUCCCGGUCUGACCGCCAGGGAGAUGAUGCUCCCUCUCUCUCCUCCUCCUCCAGCCCUCUGUCCCGCAAGAGCAGGAUCCCCCGUCCCGUUCACGCAGCUUCCUCUGCUGAGCAGCUGGCUGCCCAAUUCCUGCCGCGCCCGCCUCCUGGAAAGCCACCGUGCCGCCCCACAGUGGAGGGCAGGCUCAGGCGUUACCGCAUUCGAGCUGGCAGCACCAGUGACUCAGACCUCCUGACAUGCCUUGCUCAGCUGAUGCAUGGUUCCCGAGGCUCCCCCCUUCACCACCGCUCCUCAGUCCAGCACGGGGGCUCCAGGAUGGGCAUCUGCAGCCUAACGAGCUCUCCGCACCACCACCGCAGCUCUAGCGCCUCGCCGCGCAGCUCCUCCUCCCUGCAGCGCUCCGUCAGCUCCUCGCCCUCCCGCCACGAGCACCGUGGCGGCGGGGGAGGGGGCUGCCUGGGCCGCAGCCGCUCGCCUCCCAGCUUCUCUGGCUCGCCACCUCCCCGCCGCUUCUACCCGCACCACCAGGAGACCUGCUGCAGCCGCCAGGCCCGCACAGGCCCAUUCCACCUGUCCAGAGGAAAAGGCUGUAGCCGAGAGGGCAAGUGCUCCAGCAAGCUGAGCAGGUAGUUGCCCACCAGGUUGUGCCACAGCAGAGGAUGGGAAGACUCCAGCAGUCUGGAUAAAAGCCUGAGUCUUCCUGUACAAUUCGACCUCCCCGUCAGUCUGAAGCUUAAACUUGUCUUGUCGUUUCCCACUGUUCUCCUCACUCCUAUUUGCACGCAGGGUUUGUCAUCCAUUUAUGUGCCCAGCUUUUCAGCAGUACUCCAGAGAUAUAGUAUUGCACUUCCACCAAGUUGUCUGACUUGUGAGAGACAGAUUUGACAAAGAACGUUAAGUAUCUGUGCGGCAGAAGCCGUGAUUUUCUGACUUUUAGUCUGUUAAGCUCCAAAAAUCCUACAUUUCCCAUAAUGCUAUUCUGUAGCUUCUCCCUGUCUGUCUCAUGAGUGCCCACUUCUUUCAAACCCCACACCUCCAGUUUGUAAUGAAGGCUUUCUGCUCAAGAAUGUGAGUCUCAAGCUUGAGUCUUACAUUCUUGGGCUUUGUGUGUAAAAUCAGUGGAGUGUCCCUUUAUAAACACAGACCAGUGAUAUUUAUUUUAUUUAUAUUAUCAUAAUAAUAAUAAUAGCUACAAAAUUAAACAAUGAUUUUUCAACGCAGGCAUAAUACAAAUCAAUUGUUUGUUGGGCCAGUGGGCGCAUGAAUAAAUCAAUUUCCUGUUUAUUCAUCUUCAUCCAUCCUGCACCACAAUAUAACUUAUUUAUCCCCUCUAUUAAUGCACUUGGAUCAUACUGAUGGAGUAUCAGUAUAGCUGGUCACAACUAAAUGAAAUAUUGGCCUGGGGUCAGUUAUCUCCUCUGUAUUUGGAGAUUGCAGGCAGGGUAGAAACAUUUACUUUAUGCUAUAUGUGAAUGCAUAAAGGCCAGAUUUGUGUACAGUUGUAUUUAUUGAGAUAUUUAUUUUGAUGCUUAGCGGCGCUUUCGACUCCGACCCUCUUCUGUGUGAUAGUGGAUGUACGGCGUCUCACUCGCAUUAGUUUUAAAUGUUUAAUCGAAGGGAUCUCUCCGACGUGACCCCUUUUAUACAAUCAAUCAUGUAAAGUGCGUGAGGACACACACCUUUUUGUGCCUACUGUGUUGCCGAGAGGAAAUCAAAAUGUCGCACUGAGUGAAGGGAUUACAAGUUAGACUUAGCGGAACUUGUGUUUUGGGAUGUGGAGUAGCGGUAGUAAGCUUAAGCAACACAAGGUACAUUACUGAUGAGUAAUGUUCAGACACAGAUGUUUGUCUCAGCGUGUGCCUUGGCACUUCGGGCAGCUCGAGGAUUCACUUUGGCUUGUUUGUAAUUAGAAAAAAAGAAAGGAGCCCAUAACAGACCCGUGCCAGCAGUUACAAGACGACCCUUUUCACCAGUAUUCUUUUAUGUAGAAAAGGUAGCAACACUAAUGUUUGUAAGUCAAACCCAAUUUGAGCAACAGUUUACUCAGAGUAGCGACGUGUUAUUUGUGAUGACAAGGAGGAAAUCCUUCAAGUGAAACCUGUCUUAACUGUCCUGCAUAUUCCAGGGCAGUGUUAGAGAUAAAACUUUGGAAAAAAUGUGAAUUUCCGACCUCAAACAGCAUUUCGUCAAAUGUUACUAAAAACAGAGGCCAUAUGUACAUAUGUACACACCACAAUGAUAUUCCAUGCUUCCAUGUGCUAGAAUGUUUUUGUUUUGAUCCUCCUGCGCCGGAGAAUGUCUUUUUAUAUCAUGACACACGGUGUGUUUGUGCACAAGGCAGCGGAAUCAGAGUGUUGUUUGUCUUUACGCUAGUUAGGAUUCCUCACUGAAACUCUCCUCCCACUCCUCUGCUUGUAAGAUACUGUAAAAUAACUCCGGCUUCCUCCCAGCGCUACUCUUUGCAUGCUCAACAGAGAAAAGACUGAAUCAACUACUGAGUAAAAAGCUGCGUACCACCUCCCAUCGCACAGCAUCCGUCUUAUGAAGAUUUUCAUUACCUGCUGGGUGAGCAGUGUUACUUCUGUGUGACCAGUUUUCUGCACUUCCUGCGCUGACAGGGGAUGACUGUGUGCCGCUGGAAUACGAUAGACUGUAUUUUUUAUCAGUGCAACUAGCCGAAGUUAAAAGAUACACCAGUUGAGAGAUUAAUGUCCGUUUAAAAUAUGGCUGCACACAAGAACAAAAAAAUUUGCCAAAUAUUUUGAUAAAUUUUCCAGAUGUGGUUUGACUUGUGAUAUGAUAAACAUGGGAGCGUGGAGAGAUUGAAUGGCACAUUGCUUUGUAGAUAACAAAUGUGCUGUUGCGUUUGACUCAUGCAGAUCUUGCAGAUAGCUACGCUAGCCUCACAGAGCAGCUAUGAUGACUCAUCCUGAAGGCAGACAGCGUUCAGUCAGUCAGUCGCCUUAAUGUCUCUUCUCUGCCCCUCUGUGCGUAGCGAGGGAUGACUGAGCCUUGUCUGUGUUGGAGAUCAUUCCACUAUUAGGCCAAGCCAAGCCUUGCUGUCACUUAUCUCCCGUCUGUUAGCGGUGUGUGUGCAACCAUGCCUGACAGCGUGGUCAACGGAUCGCCACUGAAAUCAGUGCUGUCAGGCUCUCGUGCUUGCGGAGCUCCCUGUGUUUCUGUGCGAGUGCCUGGGCCACUUAUUGACUGACUGGUGGAAAAUUUCAGGGUGCAGUAUUCAAGGUGUGUUUGUUCGUGUGAUAUCUGUGUGCUCUCGAUCCGGAGCGUGCAAUUCCUACAUGUCGCCAGCAAUCAAUCUUUUCGAUUCUCCCUCUUUCAACUCUCUAUUUCAGGCUCACAGAUUUCAAGAUAUUUCAAGCUUUCAAAGUUCAGAACGCUGUUGUGCAGACUUUUAAUAUAUACCUGUAAAAUACUCAAACUAAUUAUUUAAAUAAAUAAGUAUUGUAAAACCAUAACUUAUAUGCUAACAGGCUUCAGUGAAAGGGAGGAACAGACACUAAACAGUGCUGCUGGUUUUAAAAGAUAAUCAGAUUUAUUCUCAUGUUUUUAUUAUUAUUAUUAUUAUUAUUGCACAUAAGUGGUGUGUAGUUGUAGUACUAGUGAUACCUUCCACAUGAGGAUUUUUUUUGGUCACUUUUAAAAGUGACCUGCUCAUGGAAAGGUGUCAUAUUUAUAGUAGCUCGCAGGUAUUUGUGGUUACAGAUACCCAUAGGCCAACAGAACAAACCCAGCUGUUUUCUUUUAUUUUGAAAGGUGAGAUGAAAACUAAUGAAAGCUUUGGUGUGCACUAUACACUUCUCAUAUCAUAACGUUGGAAUACUUGUCAAUAACUUAUAAAUACUUGACAGAAAUUAUUUAUUGUGACAUUUGCUAAUUUGCCCAUCUAUCAGUUUGACUUCAGUUGUUGGGAUUUUUUAAUGGUUGAUAUUUUUGUGUUGUAAUGUAUGUCAUGGUUUUGAAAUGUAACUGUACAGUCUCAAGGAAAGAAUGUAACAAGUGGGAGUUUUGCAUUGUAUAUAACUGUAAUUAUUUAUGUUUAUUCUAUCAUUUGUAUCAUAUCAAUGCCUUGUACAGUGUUUUUUUCUUUUUGUUUUAAAAUUAUUUUGUAUUUUAUUUUUAUA